CUCAAAGAAGGGUGGGCAGGGGAAGCUAACUUAAGCAUGAAGAGGCAGUUACAUUGACUCGCUUUUCAGUGACUUUACUAUCUGCUCAGCUACUUGCCCUUCCUAACUGCCCCAAAAAGUCGGAAAGAAGUUCACAUGGCUUGCUUUGGUGUUUCUUCUAGACAAAUAGAAAUAAAAAGGUAAGUCAUUCAAGGCACUUACAUUUAGAAGUAGCCCAGUCAAGCACCAAGUGGGUGGGCUUUUGUCUCUGCGAGGACAGUAAUUCAUGGGCCUUCCUCACUUUGGCGCCAUCCCAGGAGGGGAAUAGGGCCAGCAAACACAUUCCUACGUCUAAAUUGGAUCUCCUUAUCGAAAUAAAUUACUUAAGUAUCAUACCAGCAUUUCUUAGCUCCAACACCAGAUUCUAUUUUAACCCUUCCAGAAGUUAAACUGGCACAGACGUGUUCGUGAACAUCGUUAGCAGAGACCCAAAGAAAAACUACCCAACUGGUGGUAAUCUUGUCUUCUGUCAGUUCCUACCUGUAAAAGCCAACUCUGUUUCCUUCCCUUUCAUGCUUCUGUUCUUGGAAAGUGUGUAAUAAAUGCUACACCUUAAAGGCAACAUAACAUGCAGCUCUGAUGAUUUCACUUGCUCCAGCGGCCGCUGCAUCUCCAGGAAUUUUGUGUGCAACGGCCAGGAUGACUGUAACGAUGGCAGUGAUGAGCUCAACUGUGCCCCGCCAUCCUGUGGUGCCCACGAGUUCCAGUGCAGCGCCUCCUCCUGCAUCCCCCUCAGCUGGGUGUGUGACGAUGAUGCCGACUGCUCGGACCAGUCUGAUGAGUCCCUGGAGCAGUGUGGCCGCCAGCCAGUGAUGCACACCAAGUGCCCAGCCAGCGAGAUCCAGUGUGGCUCUGGCGAGUGCAUCCACAAGAAGUGGCGAUGUGACGGAGAUCCGGACUGCAGGGAUGGCAGCGAUGAGGUCAACUGUCCUUCUCGAACCUGCCGACCAGACCAGUUUGAAUGUGAGGAUGGUAGCUGCAUCCAUGGCAGCAGGCAGUGUAAUGGCAUCCGGGACUGUGUGGACGGUUCUGAUGAAGUCAACUGCAAAAAUGUCAAUCAGUGCUUGGGUCCCGGAAAGUUCAAGUGCAGAAGCGGGGAAUGCAUAGACAUCAUUAAAGUAUGUAACCAGGAGCAGGACUGCAGGGACUGGAGUGACGAGCCCCUGAAAGAAUGUCAUGUAAAUGAAUGCUUGGUUAACAAUGGUGGAUGUUCCCAUAUCUGCAGAGACUUGGUUAUAGGCUACGAAUGUGACUGUGCAGCUGGUUUUGAGCUGAUCGAUAGGAAAACCUGUGGAGAUAUUGACGAAUGCCAAAAUCCGGGAAUCUGCAGUCAAAUUUGUAUCAACUUAAAAGGCGGUUACAAGUGUGAAUGUAGUCGUGGCUAUCAAAUGGAUCUUGCCACUGGCGUGUGCAAGGCUGUAGGGAAAGAGCCAAGUCUAAUCUUCACUAAUCGCAGAGACAUCAGGAAGAUUGGCUUAGAGAGGAAAGAAUAUAUCCAACUAGUGGAGCAGCUAAGAAACACUGUGGCUCUCGAUGCUGACAUUGCUGCCCAGAAACUAUUCUGGGCUGAUCUGAGCCAAAAGGCCAUCUUCAGCGCCUCCCUGGAUGACAAGGUUGGUAGACAUGUUAAAAUGAUCGACAAUGUCUAUAAUCCUGCAGCCAUUGCUGUUGAUUGGGUGUACAAGACCCUCUACUGGACUGACGCGGCUUCUAAGACUAUUUCAGUGGCUACCCUGGACGGAACCAAAAGGAAGCUCCUGUUUAACUCGGACCUGCGAGAGCCGGCCUCCAUAGCUGUGGACCCCCUGUCCGGAUUUGUUUACUGGUCAGACUGGGGUGAGCCAGCUAAAAUAGAAAAAGCAGGAAUGAAUGGAUUUGAUAGACGGCCGCUGGUGGCAGUGGAUAUCCAAUGGCCUAACGGAAUUACACUUGACCUCAUAAAGAACCGUCUCUAUUGGCUUGAUUCCAAGUUGCACAUGUUAUCCAGUGUGGACUUGAACGGCCAAGAUCGGAGGAUAGUGCUCAAGUCUCUGGAGUUCCUCGCCCAUCCUCUCGCACUAACGAUAUUUGAGGAUCGUGUCUACUGGAUAGACGGGGAAAAUGAAGCCGUCUAUGGUGCCAAUAAAUUCACUGGGUCAGAGCUGGCCACUCUAGUUAACAACCUUAAUGAUGCCCAAGACAUCAUUGUCUAUCAUGAACUCGUCCAGCCAUCAGGUAAAAAUUGGUGUGAAGAAGACAUGGAGAAUGGAGGAUGUGAAUACCUAUGUCUGCCAGCACCACAGAUUAAUGAUCACUCCCCAAAAUACACGUGUUCCUGUCCCAAUGGGUUCAACCUACGGGCAAAUGGCCGGGAGUGCCAAAGUACUGCAACUACUAUGACUUACAGUGAGACAAAAGAUACCAACACAACAGAAAUUUCACCAACUAGUGGACUAGUUCCUGGAGGGAUCAACGUGACCACAGCAGUAUCGGAGGUCAGUGUUCCCCCAAAAGGGACUUCCGCUGCGUGGGCCAUCCUUCCCCUCUUGCUCUUAGCAAUGGCAGCAGUCGGUGGCUACUUGAUGUGGCGGAACUGGCAACACAAGAACAUGAAAAGCAUGAACUUUGACAAUCCUGUGUACUUGAAGACCACUGAAGAGGACCUGUCUAUAGACAUUGGUAGACACAGUGCUUCGGUUGGACACACGUACCCAGCAAUAUCAAUUGUAAGCACAGAUGAUGAUCUAGCUUGACUUCUGAGACAAGUCUCAACCUUUGAGAUCCAAACCAAUAAUUCCCCAAUUUGGAAUGGUAACCGAGCCAGCAGCUGAAGUCUCUUUCUUCCUCCAGCCUGGAAGAACAUCAAGAUAUCUGCGUGGAUCAAGCUUGUGUACUUGACCGUUUUUAUAUGACUUUCAUAAAUAUUCCUGUCCACACUCUGCUUCAGCUUUGGAUGUGGUUCCCUAUAACCCUUGAAUUUCUAGACAGUAUUGCCACCUCUGGCCAAAUAUGCACUUUCCCUAGAAAGCCAUAUUCCAGCAAUGAAACUUGUGCUAUAGUGUAUACCACCUGUACAUACAUUGUAUAGGCCACCUGUAAAUAUCCCAGAGAACAAUCACUAUUCUUAAGCACUUUGAAAAUAUUUCUAUGUAAAUUAUUGUAAACUUUUUCAAUGGUUGGGACAAUGGCAAUAGGAUAAAACGGGUUACUAAGAUGAAAUUGCCAAAAAAUUUGUAAACUAAUUUUGUACCUAUGAAUGAAAUCUUUGACCUCAAUGGAGGUUUUCAAAGACUGAGUGUUCAAACUACUGUACAUUUUUUUUCCAAGUGCUAAAAAAAUUAAACUAAGCAGCUUAACCAUG